CCAUGUUUUCUUGGGAGGACAUUAGCAUUUUGCGAGUUUUUGUUGUGUUUCAUGAAGAUUUCGCACACGUUAUUGCAUAUUAGAGGCAACAGAGAGCUUUUUACCAUCUUAUAUCGGGCCUCCUGGUCCCUAUGUGGCCAUGCGCUCGGUUAAAGUUGCUCUCCAUCGAAAUCAAGAGUAUGCCGGUCUGUUUGACGAACAUGACCCAGAAAAGUUAUAUACCGAUUUAAGAGAAAUUGGACAUGGGAGUUUUGGAGCGGUGUAUUAUGGACGCAAUAUCAAGACACAAGAGGUUGUGGCUAUUAAGAGAAUGUCCUACAGUGGCAAGCAAGCACAAGAGAAAUGGACAGACAUAGUCAAGGAAGUCAAGUUUCUUAAACAAUGUAACCAUAGAAACACCAUUAGUUAUUUAGCCUGUCAUUUAAAAGACCAUACAGCAUGGCUUGUGAUGGAGUAUUGUUUAGGUUCAGCUUCUGAUAUUUUGGAAGUUCAUAAAAAGCCAUUGCAAGAAUUAGAAAUUGCAGCAAUUUGUGCUGAUGCAAUUGAGGGUUUAAAGUAUCUUCAUGAACAUGGAAAAAUACACAGGGAUGUUAAAGCUGGGAAUAUUUUACUUACCGAAGAUGGAACUGUUAAAUUAGCUGAUUUUGGGUCUGCUUCACUUGCAUCACCAGCAAAUUCAUUUGUAGGAACUCCAUACUGGAUGUCUCCUGAAGUCAUACUAGCAAUGGACGAAGGACAGUAUGAUGGCAAGGUUGAUAUCUGGUCUUUAGGGAUUACAUGUAUUGAACUUGCGGAACGUAAGCCUCCAUUAUUCAACAUGAAUGCCAUGAGUGCCUUAUACCAUAUUGCACAAAACGACCCUCCAACCCUGAGCACAAGUGGAUGGAGUGACGACUUUAUACACUUUGUACAGUCAUGCCUCAAGAAGCAUCCAUUGGAUAGACCUAGUGCUGAACAACUGGCUAAGCAUCGUUUAAUUGACAGUCCAAGACCAAAUGGUAUAAUAAAGGAACUUAUCAAUAGAACCAAGGCUGCAGUCCGAGCUCUGGACAAGCAGAAUUACCACCGAAUGAAGAAGAUUAUUAUGAGUGAUCCAACUGGUGAAAGCUCUAAUGAAAAUGCUUCUGAUUCUGAUAGUAUUAGUCAGUACCAAAUUGACAUUGUUUGUGCACAGCCUACUUUCAUAGUGCCACAGUCAGCGUGUCAUGUUAACUUUGAUGGUGUCUUAAUGGAGCCUGAUGGAGCAAAUCUCUUUCCUUCAUCUUUCCUUCACUUCAGGAAUCCUUCUGCUCAGGCUCAUGGUGUUGAUAUUGAAAAGAAUUCAAGUCUAAGCCUAAGAAGCUAUGUUAGUAGCCAUCAUAGCAGUAAUGAAAGUCUACAAGAUGCUACUGGAAGUGAGAGUGUAUCUGAAGCUCCUCCUUCUCUGCAUCAAAAUUCCAAGCACGAUGAACGAUUUUCAACUAUACGACCAAAGAACGUCAUAGCUCGCCAACAACAGGAACAYCAAGGUGCAGAUAGAAUGCAUGACCAGCUAAUGGUGUACAAACGAAUGAGACAAAACCACCAACGGCAAAUGCAAAUCCUUGAGAAUAAGCUACGAACAGAAAUGAAUGAUCACAGAAGACAAUUGGAUAAGGAGUAUGAACAGAUGGUACAUCAGUUCGAGAAGGAUCUAGACAAGAUAAGAUCGCGGCAUCGAGUUGAGUUAGAACAAAGAAUCAAACAGAUCCAAACUGAAGAGAAGAAAUUACUUCGACAAAUUCGAAACCAACAGGAUACCGAGAUGAAACAUUUUAUUUCAAACCAGAAAAAAGAAUAUGGAGAAAAGAAAAAACUGUAUAAGAAUGAUGCAAGUCCAGCAGUCUACCAAGAAAGAAAGAACACCCUUCAAGCAACACAAGCCAAAAUCCUUCACCAGAAACGCACCGAGAAUCAGAAGUACUUAAACAACGAGAUUCGACGAUUUAGAAGACACCAAUUGCUACAGAGACAUGGUUUGGAGAAAGCGCUUAUUUCUGAGGAAAUGAAUAAACUAGAAGCCCAAAAAGAACAGUCGCACAAGAUGUUGAUACGCCAUCACGAGUGUACACAGGAAUUAGAGUUCAAACAUCUUGCAGCCUUGCAUAAACUACGUCGAGAACAACAAGAAAAUCAACACACGACUGAGCUGAAUAAUCAAAUGGAAUACAAUAAACAAGCUGAACUAGAAUUACGUAAGAAACACGUACUGGAACUGAAACAACAACCAAAGACUUUAAAGCAACAAGAGAUGAAUAUCAAGAAACAAUACCGUGAUGCAAUACGAAUACAAACAUUACAAUACAAAGCUCUACAGAAGCAGAUUCUGGAACAAACGCCAAGUGACCAACAUAAAGAGCUAAAAAAGCAAUUCCGUGAAGAUAAGGAGAGAAAGAUGGCCGACCUGUGYGUUCAGUACGACCAGAGCAUCGCUGAAAUGCUACAAAGACAAACGUUAAAACUUGAUGAGACCCAACUUCGCGAGCAAGAGCAGUUGCGACAAAAGCUACAAAGCGAACAAGAACUACUCAACGCUUAUCAAAGCAAACAGAGCAGUCAAUUAAUGUCACAGCACGAGAAGGAGGCAUCGGACCUCCAGGAAAAGGUUUCUGUACGACGUGCACUGCUUGAAAACAAGAUGAUCCAAGAGACAGAAAACUUGCUCGAACUACGAGAGGGAAAGACCCGUCUACUUGAAGAACGACACCAACGUGAACUACAAGAUUUUGACAACGACGCUGACCUUGAAAAUCACUCGACAUCGACAUGGAAACAUCGCAGCAUCAGCAGCGUGAGCAGCCUUAGCAAUUUGAGCACGGCAAGCACGAAUAGUGCAACUUCUACGAGCACCCAAGAAGAAAACAACGGCUCUUUGGUUAACCCUUCUUCAUCAAACGAUAGACUGUCGGUAAAAUCAAGCGCUCUGAAGGUGUAAUUAUUCAAUCAUGCAAGUAGCGACAAAUAGAGAACUUAAUGGUCCAAUAAUGAAACAAAAUUCUUAUUUUUAAAGACAGUGGCUCAACUAGAAGGUCAAAUUGGCUAGUYUUCCGUUGGGUCAUAUGUUUUGCUUUUUUUUCACUAGCCUUUGUAAGAUAUCUGACAAUAAUCUGUCUUUAUAUGAUAAUUCAAAGCUGCUGGAUAAGCUAUGUAAUACUGAAGGGAUUUGUGUCAYGUGGUGGCAGCCAUGUUUAAUGGUUAAUACAGUAAUGAAUUUUAGAUAAGAAAAUACGAUUUGUCAAAAAAAACAUUUGAAGAAUAUUUGAAGUUUGACACCAUCUUGGCCACUUUCACGUCGAUUGUCCAAACCGUUAUGCUCUAGUGAAGCUGCAGGAAGUAACUUGAAACGAGGCCUCUGGGAAACGUUGAAGCUUCAAUAUUUUCUUUGGAARUUCUUUGAUUACUUSGGUUACGAGCACUGUUUUGACUAGAAUAUCGCAAAAGGGUUAUUCUGCUUACACUCGAGCGUUUUCGUGGAAAUUUGGAURAUUUUAAUCUUKUAGUGAUUGGAAAAUACGAAGAAAACGCAGGGACUUUGACCUUCUGAUAAAUAAUUCAGCAUUUUAGGAACAAUUUGGUCGUCAUCUUCAGUUGACGUUACCAAGCAUAAUUCUUUCCAACAAAUGGCAGCGUAAGACAUUUAAACGACUACUCGUAGAAUGCACUUUGGAAUUUGACAAGUAUAGACAAUCUACAGCGACGCCAUUUUGUKUGUCAAAGCAUGAUGGGRGUUUGUAGUUCUUGCAUUUUGUAAAGGCGCUUAAAAGUCUCCMUUAAAGCCGUUUUUGUGUUUUCYYAGUAGAGACGACACAACUUCUUCUAGUUUUGAAAAGGAAAGCAAAAAUGGCUUAUGAGGACUGUUGAAGCGGACAUGAAAAAAAUGCGAGGACUAGAACUGYCAACAUUCAUUCGUGUCACAAAAUGGCGUCGCUGCACAUUGCYUAUUGUGUUUGCGAUUAAUAUCUCAAAAGUUUUUAAUUUAAAUUUAGACCAAAUUCAAGGUGAUAUACUCUUAUACCUUUAUUUGAUAAUUUCACCUCGGGGUAGUUUUACUAGAAUAUGAAACAAUAAUAAGUCUUUAACGGGCAGCAUCGACCGAGUAGCAAUGGUACUGAGCUGUAGUUUUUUAUACACGACUUAUUCCUUCACGUUUAUAUUUCAUCUCAAGCUUCCCGCAAGUUAAAAACAAUAGCCUGCCUUCGAUAUUCUGAUCGAAAGUUUAUGCCCAAAAGAAUUGAAGAUGAGGCUCUGGGGACUGACACAAGAAUUAUUUUUUUUGUUCCCUACUAGCCUCGUCUUCAAUUCGUUUGUGCUUCAAACAUUCAACAAGAAUAUGGAAGGUAGGCUGUUCGAUAAAGUUUUAAUUCUUAAGUGAGGCAGAUAAUUGAUCCGUUUCACUAACACUUCGUUGGAUGGUUUGAUAUUUAGUAAUAAUAUGUUCUGACUGACAAUCCAUCACUGUUUCGAAUAAACAGUGGUUUAUCGUUGAGAUCCUUUCGUAUGAAAGGGAAUUAGUCUAAAUGUGAUAGCCUAUUUUUAUAAAGACAACAUGCUUUGUUGGUUUAAGGGUCCAAACCUCUAUAAACCGAUCAGAAGUUAUAAUUUUUAGAUGGUCGAUAUCUGAGCGGUCGUUUUAUAGAGUUCAGCAUUGCAGUAUAUAUUGAGAAUGAUUUCUUCCAAAUGACGACCGUUCUUUAGAGGUUCACUAGAUACUAAAUACGAUUUUAUUUUCAGUAAAACGCUAGAGCGAUACCACGAGGAUCGUAUUAUAGAGGUUUGAAUAUGGCAAGAAAAGAAUAAGAUUUGAAGGUUUCCAKUCUGGUCGUUAUUCACAGGGGGAAGUACUUGAUAUUCUGGGUUUCUCCGUUUACUGGAGCAUUAUGAUAAGUAAAAUGAAUGGCUGUUUUGCUCUUUUGAAUAUUUUGUUGAGUUUUAGUUUCAUUUUGGGUUACGUCAGCCGUGCUCCCGUUCACCGAGAAUGAGCCCGCGAUAUUUUGUUAAGGAUAGAGAUAUUUCUCCCUGUAUUUUAACUCRAGGGAUGUAAAGUAUUAACACAUCAGAAAGUACUGUUUGAAACUUAGUAUCAUCAAAGAAAUAAAUGAGAAUUAUUGAGUGCUAUUCAGUUGUAUCGGUGCUUGAAUUCUCCACUGCUGAUGACGAAACAGUAGUUUCAGGUCGAGRUUAUGGUGGAGUAAAAUAUGUAAAUUUUUGUCCAUCAAAGCCUCGAAUCUCUUGUCAAAUAAUCAGCUCAUAACUGAUGUAAAUGCUUGCACCCUAUAACACGGUCAUUUAAGCAGGAAUAUGAUUUCUUAUAAGCCCAUAUUCCUGUUWAGAUGCAUCCCUUCCCUGUGAAUUGCGACCAGUCCAGGUAAAUGAUGUAAAGAUAGAUAUGGUUUGGAGACAAGAUCUUCGGUACAUUUUUAAGAGAUCAUCCAAUCUAUAUACAUAAAUAUAUAUAUUAUUGUAUUAUUGAGUACAAAGCACUUGUACAUUGCUGUAUAUUCCUAGUAGGAAGACAGCUUCUAUCACGAAUAAAAAUAGCAAAACGUGCUUUUCUCGAGUU